CCCCCCCCUCCCCCGGCCCAGGAGGGAGGCGGCCGGAGCAAGAUGGCGGCGCGAGUGCUGCUGCGGCGGAGCCUGGCGGGAGCCAGCGCCGUGCCGUGCCUCCCGCCCAGCGGCGGCCUGGCCCUCAGGGGGCUGGCAUCUUCAGCUGGCAGACCUCGUGAAGACAGUUGGUUAAAGUCGCUAUUUGUUCGCAAAGUCGAUCCAAGGAAAGAUGCUCACUCCAACCUUCUAGCCAAAAGAGAGACCAGCAGUCUGUAUAAACUGCAGAUUCACAAUGUAAAACCAGAAUAUCUAGACGCCUACAACAAGCUUUGUCAAGAGGUGCUGCCAAAGAUUCAUGAAGAAAAACACUACCCAUGUGCACUGGUGGGGACUUGGAACACGUGGUACGGAGAGCAAGAUCAGGCUGUUCAUCUGUGGAGAUACGAGGGAGGGUAUCCAGCUCUCAAUGAGGUCAUGAACAAACUCCGUCAAAAUAAGGAGUUCACAGAGUUCCGCAAAGCAAGAGGUAACAUGCUUCUGUCCCGCAAGAACCAGUUAUUGUUGGAGUUUAGUUUCUGGAAUGAACCUGUUCCCAGAGAGGGGCCUAAUAUUUAUGAACUGAGAUCCUAUCAACUUAGACCCGGAACAAUGAUUGAGUGGGGAAAUUACUGGGCCCGUGCAAUUCGUUUCCGACAGGAUAGUAAUGAAGCAGUCGGAGGCUUUUUCUCACAGAUUGGACAGCUGUAUAUGGUUCAUCACCUCUGGGCUUACAAAGAUCUCCAAACCAGAGAAGAUAUAAGGAAUGCUGCAUGGCAUAAACCAGGCUGGGAUGAGCUAGUCUAUUACACAGUGCCCCUUAUUCAGGAAAUGGAAUCCAGAAUCAUGAUACCAUUGAAGAUUUCUCCGCUUCAGUAAAGUCACUGAUUUACUUGUGCCUACAUAGAUAAAGUGACAAGUAUUUGUCUUAAAUUAAUUUAUGGUAUACAUUGUAUAUCAUAGUCUGAAAUAUAAAAGUACUGUAUUGAGCUUAUAAAAGAGACCUCUUUUCUUCAGAAUCUAAUGACUUUUUGCUCUUAGGAUUGUACCAAGAAAGCAAGAAAUACAGGACUGGAAUUAAAUGUUGGUUAAUUGAAAACAAGUACAAAGACAUACAUGAGUUCCUCUGUGAGACAGCUCCUCAGGUUAAGUAUGGCAUACAGUAUUUAAUAUCUUCUGUUACAUAGCCAAUGUCCAGUGUUCAGUAACAGCAACAGAAUGAAGUGUUACAGUUGUUGUGGCCUUUGUCUAGCAUUAUAUGACUGCAGAUUCUAAAAGCAAACAUGGAAUUUCUAAGAUUCGAAGCUCUGAAGCCCUCGGGCAGCUCUGAAAUAUGCCCUCGCAGUUCUAGCAGGCCUGAGUCAGUAGGUAGCUCUAAAUUUACCAAUAAGCAGUCAUGAACUGAGGAUAGUACUGUCUGUCAGGUCAUAGCUCAUGGAUAGAGAACAGGGCAUUGUGUUUUGCAAGGGCUCUGAAGCCUGUUGAAACUAACCACAUCUUUAUGUAGAUCUCUACACCCACAAUGAAUCUUGUGAAGUGUAACCUACAGUUUUCAAAGAGAUACUGGCCAGACACAGUUGUCUGAAUGUUCUGCAGGGAAUCAAGGUCAGUUAAACACAUUUCUCUCCACGGCUAAGUCUAGGAAAAGGGGUUUAAUUUAAUAAGCAAUCAUGACUUCAGACAUUUGCUUGGGUGUUUCACUAAGUGUACAGUAGGUACUUAACAAAUUGAUGUAUGAAACUGGCGCAUGUUGAGUCAAUAGGAUUGGCAUAUAGCGGUGUACCAUUAUGUCCAGUUCUAUUUUGGUUUCACUUUUAGACUAGAAUGUAUCAACCCUUUUGGUGUCUGCAAUGAUGUGAACAUCCUGUAAGUGAAAAUAAUAUUCUCUCUUUCAAGUGGCUGCAAGAAUCAGUGUAACUUACAGAAUGUACAAAUCAGUUACUCAGUGUCCAGUUUGUACAUUUCAAUGAGUUUUCAGGAAGAACAUAUCAGUCAAUAAAAUCCUUUUACUUUUCACA